AUGUGUGGCAUUGUGUGCGGCGUGACUACUACAGUAAUAGGUGUAGUGUUGGUGAUUGCCAGCACGGUUGUAACCUUCUUUGUAGUUCCUGGUGUUAUAGAAAACCUAAUUAUAAACGAGGUAGUAUUGUUAGAUAAUACGACACAGUUGGAAAGAUUUAUUGAAGUUCCAGUUGCUCUAAACUUUACUAUUAGACUUUUUAACAUAACCAAUACAGAAGAAGUGCUUGCUGGAGGCGUACCGGUGGUGUCCGAAGUGGGUCCUUAUAUUUACAAAAUUUAUCAAACCAGGGAAAUAGAGAGCUUAGAAGAGGACACAAUCACCUACAGAAUACGCGAGCAAUUCGAAUUCGACUCUACGAGUUCAUAUCCAAACACAGAAGACGAUAUAGUGACCAUCGUCAAUGUGCCCUAUCACGCAAUUCUACAAGUAGCGGAAAGCUCAUUCCCUGGACUAAUGGGAAUUCUGAACUCUGCUCUUGGUGACGUCUUUGGCAGUAACAACUCACCGUUUCUUGAAGUACGAUUACGAGAAUUGCUUUUUGAUGGAAUACCAUUAUGCACCAACCCUGGUUUCAUCGGCGCAAUAGCUUGCACUCAGAUCAGAGAAAUUGGAGCUAGUUCAAAAAACUUGGCCGUACAGGAUAACGGAACGAUUAUCUUUUCUUUACUUUCCUACAAAGAGGAACUGAGCGAAGCGUACAAAGCGUAUAGAGGUAUUAAUAAUUCGGAAGAUUUGGGCGUCAUCAUCUCUCUUAAUGAGUCGGCAUAUUUCAACUACUGGGUAAACGAUGAAAAGGACGACGAGGAGGUGCUGAGUGUCUGCAACAUGAUCAACGGCACAGACUCAGGAAUAUUUAAUCCUUUCAUAAACCGAGACAAACCGCUGUACGCUGUUAACACCGAUAUUUGCAGGUCUGUGGAACUUCGAUAUCAAUAUGACACGGAAUAUGAAGGCAUACCAGCGUUAAGAUUCGCCGCCAAUGAAUGGCUGUUGAAUAACGAAGACGGGUGUUUCUGCCUUAACGUGACCACUGGUAUUACCAAAGAGGAUGGGUGCUUGUUGGAAGGCGCAUCCGAACUCUAUAGUUGUGUUGGUGAGUACUUAAGAACUUUCCAAAAGUAA